CUGUGCGGACCUACCAGCCACCUCUCUCCUCUCCUUCACUGAAUCUCUUCCUCUCUCUCUCUCUCUCUGUCUGUCUCUCUCUCUCUCUCCUCCGCUCCUCCGGUCUCUGCUAUGACAGCUCACACCAGCAGUGUGUUGCCCGAUCUCAGACCGUCAACCCGUCACCGGUUAUCCUGUCCACGCGUUACCAUGGACAUGUGUGUGUGGGAUAUUCGUGAUUGAUCCUCGGGUCUGAUUAUUUUUUUUCUGUUUAAAAACGAAAGAAAGAGGAGGAGGGGGGCGGCCGUCCUCCUUUCACCCCCCCUCCGCUUCCUUCAGCCAAGCAGAGCGGCGAGGUGGGGAGAAAAAGGCUUUCCAAAUAAGCCAGCUUGGAUUAAUUUCACAGCAAAAUGACGGAUUUGGGAGCGUCGGAGAUGCUGCUGAUGAGGAGAAGGCUGAACGUGAAGACGAAUGGCAGGCUGAGACGCGACCUCCCGCUUCUCCUCCUGCUGGGGCUCCUCUUUGGGGAUUUCUCCUCGUCCAAGGCCGAGUCCUGUGGUGGAGUAGUCCAAGGACUAAAUGGUUCCAUAGAGUCACCUGGUUUCCCCCAUGGCUAUCCCAACUACGCCAACUGUACAUGGCUGAUCAUAACAGGGGAGAGGAACCGGAUCCAGCUAACCUUUGUCACGCUGGCACUGGAGGAAGACUUUGAUAUUGUAUCAGUUUACGAUGGACAACCAUCGCCUGGCAACUUAAAAAUGAGGUUGUCAGGAUUCAUGCUGCCUUCGCCUAUAGUCAGCAGUGGAUCUAUAUUGGCCUUGUGGUUUACCACCGACUUCGCCGUCAGUGCACAGGGCUUCAGAGCAGUAUAUGAAGUCCUGCCCAGCCACACAUGUGGCACCCCGGGGGUCAUACCAAACGGAGUCAUUCAUGGCUCUCGGUACAACAUGGGGGACAAGAUCCGAUACAGCUGUGAGUCCGGGUUUGUACUGGAAGGACACAGUAUCCUCACGUGUAUAGUCUCUCCCGGCAGUGGGGCGCAGUGGGACUUCCCAUCGCCUUUUUGUAGAGCGGAGGGAGCGUGUGGGGGGACGUUAAGAGGCACUGCAGGUUCAAUAACCAGCCCCGGAUACCCCGCAGAGUAUGAAAACAACCUGGACUGCACAUGGUCAAUCCUCUCAGAACCCGGCGACACCAUCGCUCUCGUCUUCAACGACUUCUUAUUAGAGGACAAAUACGACUUUCUUGAAAUCAGCGGGACAGAAGCACCGAGUAUAUGGCUGACUGGGACAACGCUGCCCUCACCGGUGAUUUCCAGUAAGAACUGGCUUCGGUUACAUUUCACUUCGGACAGCAACCACAGAAGAACUGGAUUCAGCGCUCAGUAUCAAGUGAAGAAAGCGAUAGAGCUGAAGUCCAGAGGGGUGAAGAUGAUGCCCAGCAAAGACUCCAGUCACAAAAAUGCCGUCUUGAGUCAAAGCGGCCUUGCCGGUGAUGUUUGUCCAGAUCCUGGAGUUCCAGAAAAUGGAAAGAGGAUGGGCUCUGCUUUCCAAGUUGGCUCCAGCGUCCAGUUCAGUUGUGAUGACAGCUAUGUACUACAAGGAUCUAAAAGUAUCACCUGUCAGCGGGUCACUGACACACUGGCAGCCUGGAGUGACCACAGACCUAUCUGCAGAACACGUACAUGUGGCAGCAACCUAAGGGGGCCCAGAGGGGUCAUAACUUCUCCUAACUACCCUGUUCAAUAUGAGAACAACGCACACUGUGUGUGGGUCAUCACUGCAAUGGACUCUGAGAAGGUGAUAAAGCUGUCAUUUGAAGAGUUCGACUUGGAAAGAGGAUACGACACACUGACGGUGGGAGAUGGAGGGAAGAUAGGAGACACUCGGAGGGUGCUCUAUGUACUCACUGGUUCCAGUGUCCCUGACAUCAUCGUGAGCUUGUCCAAUCAGAUGUGGCUUCACCUGCAGUCAGACGAUACAAUCGGCUCGGCGGGGUUCAAGGCGGUCUAUGAAGAGAUCGACCGAGGAGGCUGUGGUGAUCCCGGGGUGCCGGCAUUCGGUCGUCGAAGCGGUGAUCGCUUUCAGCAUGGCGAUGUGUUGACCUUCUUCUGCCAGUCGGCCUUCGAACUAGUGGGAGAGAAGACGAUCACAUGUCAGCACAAUAACCAGUGGUCUGGCAACAAACCAAGUUGUGUCUUCUCAUGUUUCUUCAACUUUACGGCUCCAUCAGGGACUAUAUUGUCCCCAAACUACCCCGAGGAGUACGGAAACAACCUGAACUGUGUGUGGUUGAUUAUCUCUGAACCAGGAAGCCGCAUUCAUCUCCUUUUCUCCGACUUUGACCUGGAGCCACAGUUUGACUGGUUGGUGGUCAAAGAUGAAGGCCUGUCUGAGCCAACAACUUUCGGGACGUUCUCAGGAAAAGAUGUCCCAUCACAGAUCGCCUCAAACGGACACAUCAUGAGACUGGAAUUUCAAUCUGAUCACUCCAAUACGGGAAAAGGCUUCAAUAUCAGCUACACCACCUUUGGUCAAAAUGAAUGUCAUGACCCUGGAGUUCCUGUCAAUGGUCAAAGGUAUGGUGACCAGUUUCAGCUCGGCAGCUCUGUGGCUUUUCGCUGUGAUCAAGGCUUCAUCAGGACACAGGGGUCUGAUCAGGUGACUUGCAUCAUCCACGAUGGAAAUGUUGUUUGGUCUGCGGCUGUACCUCGCUGUGAAGCUCCAUGUGGAGGCCACCUCACAGCUCCUACAGGUGUCCUGCUGUCGCCUGGAUGGCCUUCCUUUUAUAAAGACUCUCUCAACUGCCAGUGGGUGAUUGAAGCACAGCCGGACCACGCUGUGAAGAUACAUUUUGACAGGUUCCAGACUGAGGUUAACUAUGACACAUUAGAGAUCAGAGACGGCCCCUCGGUCUCGUCUCCCCUGAUCGGUGAAUACCACGGCACCCAAGCGCCUCAUUUCCUGAUUUCUACAUCCAACGUCCUGUUCCUGUUAUUCACCACAGACAACAGCCGCUCUGCAGCUGGCUUCAGCAUCAGAUAUGAAAGUGUGAAAAUGGAGUCAGACUCUUGUCUUGAUCCAGGGAUCCCAGUCAAUGGUCGUCGCCAUGGCAGCAGCUUUUCCAUUGGCUCGCGUGUCUCGUUUACAUGUGACCUAGGAUACACACUGAGUGAUCAGGAGCCAAUUGUUUGUGAGCAGAAUCAUCAGUGGAGUCACGCUCUUCCCAGUUGUGAUGCCCUCUGUGGAGGCUAUGUCUACGGUAAAACGGGAACAAUUCUGUCUCCUGGAUUUCCUGACUUCUACCCGAAUUCUCUUAACUGCACCUGGACUAUAGAGGUGUCUCAUGGGAAAGGAGUCCAUCUGGUUUUCCACACCUUCCAUCUGGAGGAAAACCACGACUACCUGUCCAUCAUCGAAGACGGCAACUUCCAGGUUCCAGUGGCUCGACUCACGGGCUUGGUACUGCCCCCUAGUGUCAAAGCAGGACUCUUCGGGAACUUCAGCGCUCAGCUACGUUUCAUAUCGGAUUUUUCCAUGAGUUAUGAAGGCUUUAAUAUAACUUUCUCAGAAUACGACUUGGAGCCAUGCGAGGACCCUGGCGUACCGGCAUACAGCAGAAGGAUGGGCUUCAAAUUUGAAGUUGGUGACUCGCUGGCCUUCUCUUGUUUCCAUGGCUACCGACUUGAGGGUGAGAGCAAGAUCACGUGUCUUGGAGGCGGCAGGCGCGUCUGGAGCAACAUCCUACCGCGAUGCAUCGCGGAGUGUGGAGCCUCCUCACUGGGCCCUGAAGGUGUUCUCCUCUCUCCUAACUUCCCUUCAAACUAUGAUAACAACCACGAGUGUAUCUACCGCAUCACCACUGAAAAGGGCAAAGGAAUCAGACUGAAAGCAGAGAGCUUCUCAUUGCAAGAUGGAGACUAUCUGAAGGCGUAUGAUGGAGAGAACACUUCAUCCCGUCUCCUUGGCAACUUCACACGUGAUGACAUGAUGGGGCAUGUGAUCAACAGUACGUCCAAUCGCUUGUGGCUGGAGUUCAACAGCAACGCCUCGGGGACCGAUCCGGGCUUCCGCCUCACAUACACAAGUUUUGACCUUGUACGCUGCGAGGAACCAGGCAUCCCCAGUUAUGGCUAUAAAAUCCAGGACGACGGUCAUUUUGCCAACACUUUCGUCCUGUACUCCUGCAACCCCGGAUACAGUCUCCAUGGCAGCAGUACACUAACGUGUCUGAGUGGGGACAGACGUGUCUGGGACAAACCGCUUCCGUCCUGUAUCGCGGAGUGUGGAGGUCACAUAAGUGGAGCAGUGUCUGGACGGAUUCUGUCUCCGGGAUAUCCUGCUCCAUAUGACAACAACCUCCACUGCACCUGGACCAUAGAGGCUGACACGGGCAAGACUAUCAGCCUUCACUUCAUCGUUUUUGACACCGAAGUCGGCCACGAUAUCCUGAGAGUUUGGGAUGGUCCAUCUGGGCCGUCAGACGGGGGGAUCCUGUUGAAAGAAUGGUCCGGCCCAGCCUUACCUGAAGACAUCCACUCGACUUUCAACAUACUCACACUGCAGUUUGACUCUGAUUAUUUCAUCAGCAAGCAAGGAUUUUCUAUACAGUUCUCCACAACUACAGCAACGACCUGCAAUGACCCUGGCAUCCCUGUCAACGGUUCUCGCUACGGGGACAGUAAGGAGCCCGGGGACAGCAUGACGUUCCAGUGUGAUCCAGGGUACCAGCUGCAGGGCCAGGACACCAUCACAUGUGUACGGAUGGAUAAUAGAUUCUACUGGCAGCCGGACCCUCCGACAUGUAUAGCAACAUGUGGGGGUAACGUCAGCGGCCCCUCAGGAGUUAUUCUGUCUCCAAACUAUCCCCACCCUUACCCCGCUGGGAAAGAGUGUGAUUGGAGAAUCAGAGUCAACCCUGACUUUGUCAUUGCUCUUAUCUUCAAAAGUUUCAACAUGGAGCCAAGCUACGACUUCCUGCACAUCUAUGAAGGUGAAGACUCUAAUGGGCCGUUACUAGCAAGUCUCCAAGGCAACCAGGCCCCGGAACGAAUAGAGAGCGGUGGGAACAGUCUCUUCCUCGCAUUCAGAUCUGACGCCUCACUGGGCAUGUCUGGUUUCGCCAUCGAAUUCAGAGAAAAACCAAGAGAAGCCUGUUUCGACCCUGGUAACAUAAUGAACGCCAGUCGGACAGGUUACGACUACAAACUGGGAUCCCAGGUCUCCUACAACUGUCACCACGGCUACACAACAGUGGGCAGGGAAACCAUCACCUGUGUCAUGGGGCAUGAUGGGAAGCCAGUGUGGGACAGUGCUCUGCCAUCAUGUAAAGCUCCAUGCGGAGGACAGUACGGAGGAUCUGAAGGAGUUGUUCUGUCACCAAACUAUCCUUUGAACUACACCACAAGGCAGACCUGCUCCUACUCCAUCAGCGUGUCCCCUCAGUUUGUUGUGUUUGGCCAGUUUGCUGUUUUUCAGACAGCGAUGAAUGACUCCGUGGAGCUGUUUGACGGAGCCAAUGAGAACGCUCGGUUGCUCAGCUCCCUGGCGGGGUCGCAUUCAGGUGAGACAUUGCCAUUGGCAACAUCCAAUCAGAUCAUGCUGAGGUUCAAUGCUAAGAGUGGCCAGUCAGCUAGAGGCUUUCACUUCGUCUACCAAGCUGUUCCCCGCACCAGUGACAGUCAGUGCAGCUCAGUGCCAGAGCCUCGGUAUGGCAGACGGAUCGGUUCAGAGUUCUCUGCUGGAUCUGUGGUUCGCUUCGAGUGCAGUCCAGGGUAUCUGCUGAAAGGAUUCAGUGCCAUCCGGUGCCAGGCCGUGCCAGGUGCUCUCGCACAGUGGAACGCAACAACACCCACCUGCAUUGUUCCCUGCAGCAGCAAUUUAACUGAACGUCGGGGUACAAUACUGUCUCCUGGCUAUCCUGAACCUUACCCAAACAGUCUCAACUGUCUGUGGAGGAUACAUGUCAGUGAAGGGGCUGGAAUUCAGAUCCAAGUGAUGACGUUUGCGACAGAGCACAACUGGGACUCUCUGGAGAUCUAUGACGGAGGAGACAUGACAGCUCCUAAAUUAGGGUCAUUUUCUGGAACCACUGCACCCGCCCUCCUUAACUCAACGUCCAAUCAGCUUCUUCUGCACUUUCAGAGUGACAUCAGUGUGGUGGCAGCAGGUUUCCAUCUCGAAUACAAGACUGUUGGUCUCACCACCUGUCCAGAGCCAAUGAUUCCAGCCAACGGCAUUAAAGCAGGAGACAGAUAUAUGGUCAAUGAGGUGGUAGCCUUCACCUGUGAACCUGGAUACACAUUACAGGGCCACUCACACAUUUCCUGCAUGCCCGGGACAGUGCGUCGAUGGAACUACCCACCUCCUCUUUGUAUAGCUCGUUGCGGCGGGGUGUUGUCUGAGAUGAGUAGUGUCAUCCUUAGUCCAGGUUUCCCUGGCAACUACCCUGGCAACCUGGACUGCACCUGGCAAAUCAACCUGCCAACUGGAUAUGGAGCCCAUAUUCAGUUCCAAAACUUCUCCUCUGAAGACAACCAUGACUUCCUAGAGGUCCGUGCUGGACCUCAGCACAGCUCUGCUCUGAUUGGACAGUUUACUGGCUCACUGAUCCCGCCCCCUCUGCUAAGCACCACACACCUGACGAUCAUCCACUUCUACAGCGACCACUCGGAGAACAGGCCUGGUUUCAAGCUCACCUAUCAGGCCUUUCAACUUCAAAACUGCCAGGACCCUGCUCCCUUCCCCAACGGUGACAUCAUCAACAACGACUACAGCGCUGGCCAAUCGAUCACUUUCCAGUGCUACCCUGGUUACGUUCUGAUCGGACACACAGUGUUGACGUGCCUGCAUGGGACCAACAGAAAGUGGAACCACCCAUUUCCACGCUGUGAAGCUCCUUGCGGCUACAAUGUCACAGCUGAAAAUGGGACCAUCUAUUCACCUCAGUACCCAAAUGAAUACCCAAACUCCCAGGACUGUGGCUGGCUCAUCACUGUUCCCCACGGACAUGGAGUUUAUAUUAAUUUUACCUUACUGCAGACAGAGCCUGUCACAGAUUACAUCGCUGUCUGGGACGGACCAGACACGUCUAGUCCUCAGCUGGGAGUCUUCAGCGGCAACACGGCAUUAGAGUCGGCCUACAGCACGAACCUCCAGGUCCUGAUCCGCUUUCACUCUGACUUUUCAACCGGAGGCUUCUUCAUCCUUAACUUCCAUGCCUAUCGUCUGAAGAAAUGCCCUCCUCCCCCUGUUGUGGAGAACGCCGAGGUGAUCUAUGAAGAUGAAGACUUCCAGAUAGGUGACAUUGUGAAGUAUCGCUGUUUACCUGGAUACACACUGGUGGGAAAGGCGGAGCUCAUGUGUAAACUCAACUCCCAUUUGCUGUUUGAAGCCCCGCCCCCAACAUGUCAAGCUCAAUGUCCAGCCAAUGAAGAGCGGGCUUCAUCAUCGGGGGUGAUACUGAGCCCCGGCUUUCCUAGCAACUACCCAAACAGCCAAACAUGCUCCUGGCUACUUCACAUGGUUCCAGGUUACACCAUCAAUAUCUACGUCGAGAUGUUCCACAGUGAGAAACAGUUUGAUGAGCUGGAAAUCUUUGAUGGAUCCUCGGGACAGAGCCCUUUGCUCGUAGCUCUAAGUGGUAACCACUCAUCUCAGCUCAACUUCACAUCCAAAACAAACCAGCUCUAUCUACGAUGGUCCACUGAUCAUGCCACCAACAAGAGAGGAUUCAAGAUUCGAUACUCAGCUGCCUACUGUAGCAUCAACGAUCCUCCAGUCAACGGGGGCGUGGUCAACCGAACCAAACUCCGGCCAGGUAGCAGACUACAGUACUACUGUAACCGAGGUAACCGCCUGAUAGGUUCAAGCAAUGCCACCUGCAGGCUCCACCAAAAUGGACUCUUUCAGUGGGAUACACCACCACCUUUUUGUCAAGCUGUCUCAUGUGGGAUACCUCAGUAUCCAGGCAACGGCUCCUUCCAUGCCAAUCAGUACACUGUUGGUAGCCAGGUGACCUACCUUUGUAACGAAGGUUUCCACCUUGACCCUGGUGUGACAAUGACAGCGGUGUGUUUAGAAGACGGCAGCUGGAGUAAUGCAGCCUCAGCACCAAGAUGUCUGCCGAUCCAUUGCCCCAGCGUUGAGGGCACCCUGUCAGAACACAUGACCUACCGCCUGCUCUCCGGUCGAUUGGGAGAGUUUGGUUCCAUGGUGAUGCUGGAAUGUUCUACAGGGUUCUAUCUUGGUGUGGGGCACCGGACUCUGCGCUGCCUUUCCAACGGGACCUGGGAGGGGUCGGAUGACCCAGCUACAUGCAAGAUCAUUUCCUGCGGCGAGCUUCCUUCUCCACCUUUUGGGGCCAAACUGGGGACAUUGACAACAUUCGGAGCAACUGCAAUAUUUAUGUGUAACCAUGGUUACACGCUGGUGGGGUCACAUGUCAGAGAGUGUGGCGGUAACGGGCUGUGGAGUGGCGCAGAGACCAGGUGUCUAGCUGGUCACUGUGACUCUCCAGAUCCUAUAGUCAAUGGCCACAUUAGUGGAGAUGGAUCCAGUUACCGUGACACAGUUGUGUACCAGUGCAUGUUAGGAUAUCGCCUUAUCGGCACUUCUGUCCGGAUCUGUCAGCAAGACCAUCGUUGGUCUGGAACAACACCCGUCUGCGUCCCUAUCACUUGCGGUCACCCAGGCAACCCAGGCAAUGGGCGGACCAAUGGCAGCGAGUUCAACCUCAAUGAUGUUGUCAACUUCACCUGUAACAGAGGUUACCUCCUCAGUGGAAACGCUCGCGCUCAGUGCCGACUCAAUGGGCAGUGGAGCAGCCCCCUACCUGUCUGCAAAGUGAUGAACUGUUCCGACCCAGGCCAUGUUGAAAAUGGUGUGCGCCAGUCUGGCCUACGUUACCCAGAAGUCUUCAGCUAUGGUGUGGCUGUCGCAGUUCACUGUAAAAGAGGCUUCUACCUCCUUGGCUCUGCGAUUCUCACCUGCCAGCAUGAUGGACGAUGGGACCGACCAAUGCCUCACUGCCUAGCAAUUUCCUGUGGUGACCCCAGUGUACCCCCUAAUGCAGUGGUUACUGGGACCCGCAGCUGGACUUACAGCUCAGUGCUGCAGUACUCCUGUCUGCCUGGAGGGGUGCUGGUAGGCAACACUUCGCGCCACUGUCAGGAGGAUGGCACAUGGAGUGGACCACCACCAUACUGCACUGGAGUAAGUCCGGGAGUCUGUGGAGACCCAGGGAUCCCUCCCCACGGUGCUCGUCUUGGAGGGGAGGAAUUUAAAACCAAGAGCCUGCUGCGUUUUAGCUGCGAGGCGGGAUACAGUCUGACUGGCUCAGCUGAGAGAACCUGCAUUCACAAUGGCACCUGGAGCGGCACACAGCCUGUCUGUCAAGCUGUAUCUUGUGGUAACCCUGGCACCCCGUCACACGGAAGGAUUGUCUUCAGCGAUGGUAUUACCUUUGGCAGCUCGGUGGCUUAUGCAUGCUGGGAAGGCUUCAAAACAUCAGGCCUGACCAACAGACACUGCACCACCAAUGGGACGUGGACGGGACAACCCCCAGACUGCACUGUGAUCAGCUGUGGAGAUCCUGGACCAAUAGCCAAUGGGAUCUAUCUGGGAAGUGAGUUCACGUUCAACCACACAGUGAUCUACCGCUGUAACCCCGGUCACCUGAUGGAGCCACUCGGAAGCAACGUGCUUCACUGCACCAAAGAAGGAACCUGGAACCAGACCAAACCAAGCUGUAGAGUGAUCCAGUGUGGACCUCCUCCUCAAGUGCAUCACGGGACAGUUGAAGGAACCGACCAUUCAUGGGCAUCAAGUGUUAGCUACAGUUGUUUCCAUGGUUACCAGUUGUCCACUCCUGCCGUGUUAACGUGCGAGGGCAACGGGACGUGGACGGGGGACAUCCCAACAUGUCUGCCUGUCCUGUGUGGUGACCCUGGCUCUCCUGGAGGUGGAUUCAGAGAGGGGAACAUCUAUUCCUACCGGUCUGAGGUUAGGUUCUACUGCCAUACACCAUACUUGCUGGUUGGAUCUGCGGCAAGAGUUUGUCAAGCUGAUGGGAUUUGGAGUGGUCAUCAACCGGCCUGUAUAGACCCAGCUUUUAACAACUGUCGUGAUCCAGGAACUCCAGCCUAUGGUAUCCCAGUCAUGGCCCAGGGAUUACAGGUUGGCAGUAAGAUUUCUUUCAAGUGUCGCAAGAACUACCACAUCCUUGGUUCCACUACAAGAACGUGCUUAGAAAACCUUACCUGGAGUGGAACUCAACCUGAGUGCAUAGCACAUUCAUGCAGACAGCCAGAGACGCCCAGUAAUGUAGAUGUUCGAUCUAUGGACCUGCCUACUUUGGGAUAUACGCUGAUCUAUACCUGUCAAGACGGAUUCUAUCUAGCUGGGGGAUCGGAGCACAGAACCUGCAAAAGCGAUGGGAGAUGGUCAGGCAAACCCCCGCUGUGUAAAGUCGGAGUAAAAGUCAAUCCUAAAGGCAGAGGAGAGUCAGAUGUCCAGAAGAACAAGAUUCGAGUUCCAGUGGACGUGUUCUCUCCAAACUCGGAGUGGAGCGGUUUUUACGAGUAUCUAGGGAAGAGACAAGCCACCACAUUUACAGUUACUGGGUUUAAUGCUACGAGCAGCAGAGUUAACAUCACACUACUGGAGACCAGCGGAGUGUCAAUCAGACUGUCAGGUACCUAUAAAUCAGAGGAAAACCAGCUGCUGCUGAAGGUGUACCAGGUGAAGGGGCCCACAGAGCAUUACCUCAGCAAGUUUAAGAAUGACAACUGGGCUAUGGAUGGAUAUGUUACAGCAGAAUCCGACCAGAAGACGUUCGUCUACCAGGGGCAUAUUCACAGCAAAGACUUUGGCAAGUUCCAUCUGACGAGGCAAGGCCCUGUAACCAUGGCAAUGGAUCCAUCCAACCCCUACACAAACAGCAGCUCUGUGGCAGCAGCCAUCUUAGUUCCCUUCUUUGCCCUCAUCCUGUCGGGAUUUGCUUUCUACCUCUACAAGCACAGGACAUUGUCUGCUGACACAGAUGACAAUGAGAGACCAAAAGACACCUGGGGGCCUGGCGGCAGGACUCGCCCCAAGGUCCAGUUCAACGGCUAUGUAGGCCAUGAGAGCACCAAUGGCCAAGCGUCGUUUGAAAACCCAAUGUAUGACACCAACAUGAAACCUACUGAGGCUAAGGCAGUUCGAUUCGAUACCACACUAAAUACAGUCUGCACAGUAGUAUAGUCCAACAUACCUACCACUACCUACACGGUGGUUCAGGUCAAACUCCCUGUCGCAGUCUGCGGAAUGGUUUGACCAAACAGAGAAGAAGAGACUUAUGAAUUGGACUUGUCACCGUGGGCAGUCUGCGCUGUAGCUUGCUGGUCGUCUGUCAGCAUAAUCUUCACAGUGAAGCAGAUCUGUUCUCCCUCCUACCUGAACAAUGGCAUCCCCUUCCUUUGUAUUCUGAAAGAGUCAGAACUACUAGAAAGGGGACAGAAAAUGGCAACAUCAAAUAACAUGGAAAAACCAUUGUUCAGGAGAUCAGUGCUGGGACCAGAAUUCUUCUUGAGCACUGUUGCUAUUCAGACAACCACAGAAUAAUGGUUCAACUAUUUGAACCUCUUCCAAGGUCCAGUGCCUGUUUAGGUAGGCAAAGUCAACCCAACCUCCCUAUGGAAAGGCCAGACACAAAUGGUCUCCAAAUACCCUCGCUCCAACCUGAAUAAUAACCCCCAACCCCAUGCCAAAUUUGCAAAGUGGUAUAGGCUUACUUACUCCCCUGCUGCAGGCCAGACAGGGGUACCCUGUUAUACCCUCAGGGGAAGCAGAUGGACUAUUCUACCCUUUAACCGACUCAAGACAACACAUAACACUUGGGUGGUUGCUUUGUCACCACAAAAAAAACAGAAUUUGUGUUGGACCAACCCCCCCCCCCACUGGACUUCCAUCACACUGAUCUUGAUAGUACUAGAUCCUGAUGUAAAGACAGCUCUUAGAGUCUGUUUUGGUAGAAUCUAAUAUUGAUUCGGCAGACUGCAGUGAAGUUGACAUCCAAAUGCAGUCAAUGCAAUGGCUCUUCCAGCCAGUCUUAUUCCUUUAAAGCAUCUGAUAGUCUCAUCCAUCACUGGAAACUAGUUUAAGCUGCAUACUAGUAGUGGUGGACCAGUGCCACACAAACCAGUCAAAUACCAUCUGCAGAUGUUUAAAUGUCCGUACCCUGCUUGGAGAUUUUGUUUGAUUAUAUGAAGCAGGACAAUCACAGAGUUGGAUAAGUUGAGUUUUCAUUCAGUAUUGGAUUAUCAAAUAGGUCCCUGUGAUUGUCUUUUCUUUCUGCCUCUUACUGUAUUGCCUUUCUAUGACAGUGUCUACCUGCAGUAUUUGGCAAUGUGUUCACCACGAACAUACCAAAUCAAGCAUUUGCAAAUGCUUUUGUUCCCAGGUUUAGUACAACAACCUGUGAAUUGCUCUAGAUGAGAUUUAGAGAGUUUCCAAUAUUCUGUUGAGGUACUUCACACCUAAAAUUGGUCCUGUUCACAACUGCCCAUGCUUGCCCAUGCUGGCAGACUGUGCUGAACAAGAAAACAAGACAUUUGAGUUGCUGGGCUGGUGUACACAAUGGACUGGUUUCCAGAGGCCUGUCUAACACAAUCAAAGAAUCGGGCAAUGAUUCUUGUUCUUGGACUAGCCAGCGUUUUGUGCUUGGUGGCUGAACAAGUGGAAGCCUGGAGGCAAUAAGCUGUCAAGAUCUUCGACUGCUGCAAUCAGCUGUGGCCAAAUCCAGGAAAUGAUGUGUCUUCUUGUAACUCUGGACAUGAUUAUCAGUCAAGUGAUGACUGAUAUUUUUUCUACAGUAUACUCUCCAGCCGCAAAAUCAGAAAUAGAUGAAGAGAUUAACACACAGUGUUUGACUGACAGAUAUUAGACAGACGAACACAGACAAAUGGACGGAUAGAAAUCUGUGAGUCGUGCUGGGAGAGAAAGACAAGGACAGAUUGCUAUGGAAACAGAGGCUAGGUGUCUCUGAAUGUCCCUCCGACAUUUUUCUUCAGUGAAGAUAUUGAUGAACAGACUCAAUGUUCAAAAACCCAGUGGCCCCAUGGGACUUCCCAAACCACUGCUGCUGGGGAACCCCGAAAUAUAAACUUUAUAUAAACUCUUAAACCGCACAAAUUUUGCACUAGUGUGUUUUUCUGACUGGGUUAUGAAAAAAAUGAAUACUUUUUGGGUCUGAAAUGGGUUUGAAAAUGAGUCAUUCAAAAAAGAGAAUUUUAUUCAAAAACUUCUAUCUUUAAAGAGACAACAAAAUGAAUAAAUACAGGGUUACAGAGUGUUUGUAUAUACACAUUUAUAUUUCACACUCCCUGUUAGCAGUGACCACAUGCUAUUUUGUUGUUUAUUUUUGUCACCAUGACAACAUGCUAGCCAACGAGGAAGUUGGGAUGAGAUUGCCUAUUGACCUCUGAGCUUUUAGUGUCUGAAAAUGACACCAAUUUGUUGCCAUUUCUAGAACAGUGGCUGUUUCUGAAAACUCAUACUGGAUACUGUUACUAUACAGAAAAAUAAAAAGGGAAGGCUCACAUCUAAAACAUUCAAUAUGGCCUACCUGACACUGGUGCCACACUGCUUGUUUUAUUUACAGCCGUUAAACUUGUAUUCUUUGAAGAUGUUAAAACGGUACUCAAAGAUAAAGUAAUUAUCUCAACAUGAGCUUAUUCGUCCAGUUGAUCACCUCUAGUAUAAGACAGUGUCAUCUUUCAGAAACAACAUGUGACUGUUUCUCUAACUCUUCAAAAAGAUGUGUUGCAAGUUUCCACAAAUGCUCAUAUUAUCAUGCAUUAUCCUCCAAUUUGACAUUUGACAUUUGUGAUGCACAUGAUCCUAUUUGGACACAUCUCUUUAAAGAGCUCACAGUUUACGUGUGAUCUGUUUGAGAAGUGGUGACUUAAGACAAAGGCCAAACAGAUUCAGUAUGAAGACAACAUGCACAAUUAUUGUUGUUGAGAGUUAUCGCCCCACCGAGCCGCUUCAUUGUUUGAAAAAUACCUCGUUUGCAAAGAGAUAGUUACAUCCUGCUUAUAAAUGCUGGAACCUCACUGCUACAAGUACACAAGCUUUCCUGGUAUUUUAGGUCAACACAUCCACCAAACACCCAUAAGUCUGCCGAAUCCAAGAAAAUUCACUGGCUUCAAAUCACUUGCCAAGCUUGUUAUUUCUCGCAGUGUUCUAUUCUGAAUAUUUUUAUUUUUCAAAAGAUGCUGCACUUGGUUUAGAUCACAGAUGUAACUGCUUUCAGUGUGUGUCUUUGGGUGUCUUCAGGCCUGUGUCUUGUUUGUUUCACACUCCAUGCACACCAUACUGGCUCUAGGUUGUCACUUCAGGCAACCUGCAUGAUUUUUAUUGUCCAAAUGAAUUUUCCUUUUAUGUUCCCCCAUGUUUCACUUGUGCAUUUUCAAUCCAUAAUGCUGUCAUUCCUGCAAAAAAUAGAUCCCUACAUCCAUUUAUU